CAGCUAUGGCGCUGGCCAAGGCAUGACACAGCGUGAUGCCGCCUUCCACACAGCAGCAUCAGCAGCAGUAGCGUCGCCACCGCCUCCGUCGCGGUCGGAAUGUAUUGCUCUCAUCCACUCGUGCACGCAACUGACCGCGGCCCGCCGGAUCCACGCCCAGCUCGGUCGAUCCGGGAUGCUACGCGAUGAUCAGGAUUGCCAGCUCUCCUCUCGGCUCAUCGCCAUGUAUGGCCGAUGCGGGAGCGUAGAGGAAGCUCGCAAGGUGUUCGAUGCCAUCCCCGGUGAUCGUGGCCACCACCACGCCGCCAGCAAUGCGCUCUUGGCUGCGUAUGCCGGCAAUGGGCGACUGCAAGAGAUGGAGCGCCUGUUCAACUCGAUGGAAGGGAGAAAUCUGGUGUCGUGGACUGCGAUGCUCACGGCAUUCUCCCGAAGCGGGCAUCUUGUCAAAGCGGAGAGCGUUUUUGCAAGGAUGCCUGUCCAGUUUAAGGAUGUGGUGUGUAAGAACACGAUGCUGGCUGCCUACACCCAAGCUGGACGCCUCCAGCAAGCCAGGAGGAUGUUUGAUUCCAUGAACGACCGGGACGUGGCGUCUGGAAAUGUGAUGCUCACCGCGUAUUCCCAAGCUGGAGAACUGCAUCUUGCCAAGCAGGUCUUUGCUAGUAUGCCCGAAUGGGAUCUUAUCUCAUGGAAUGCAAUGCUGGCUGCGCUGGCUCUAGCCGGAGACUACGAUGAUGCAAGGAGAUUGUUUUCACGCAUGCAUGCUAAAAAUCUGAUCUCCUGGAACACCAUGCUCUCUGCAUAUGCCCAAAGCGGAGAUCUUUGUGAAGCGCGCAAGCUUAUGGACGCUAUGCCCCGCCACAACAUAAUCUCGUGGAAUUCUUUCCUCACAGCUCAUACGAAAAUGGGGAACAUAAGUAAAACGCGACAGUGUUUUGACCAGAUGCCUGCAAAAGAUCUUGUGUCUUGGAAUGCCAUGCUAGCUGCAUAUGCCCAACUCGGGCUUUUGGAGGAAGCACAGGAGCUCUUUCUAACCAUGCCUGCGAGGAGCUUGAUAUCAUGGAACGCCAUGCUCACGGCUUCAGCACACGAUGGCGACGUCGAUGGAGCGGAGAAAAUGUUUGCCACUGAGAUUCCACUGCGAGAUCUUGUCUCUUGGAAUUCGAUGCUGGCAUUGUACACGAGACAUGGCCUCAUGGACAGAGCGAAGCUCUUGUUUCACCAGGAGAUGGAGCAGCACGAUCUGGUCUCUUGGAACGCGAUGCUGUCCGGCUAUGCACAGCUGAAUGAUCCGCAGCUGGAAAGUGCCCGACAGAGCUUUGCUGCCAUGCCACAGCACGAUCUCGUGUCUCACAAUGCCAUGAUCUCGGCCUUGGCUUCCAGGGGCCAUCUUCUUGAGGCCAAGUCCGCCUUUGACUCCAUGCCUGAACGGGACGUCAUCUCCUACAACGCGUUGCUUGGUGGCUACGUUCACGCUGGCGAGCUGCGAGAUGCCGAGCUCGUCUUCUCUGCGAUGCCAAAGAGAAAUCAGGUGUCCUGGGCGAGCAUGGCUGCCGGGUACGCCCGCGUCGGUGAUGUAGAAUCUGCGAAGCGGGUGUUCGACGCGACGCCGGAGCGGAAUGUGGUGGCGUGGAACGUCUUACUAGCCGCAUACGCCCACACUGGGCAUGCCAAGGGGCUGUUUGACUCCAUGCCGCAGCGGGACAUUGUGUCGUGGAACUCGUUGCUGACAUCGUAUGUGCAAGCCGGUGACGCUGAAAACGCCAAGAAGACAUUCGACAGCAUGUCGAGAUGGAAUAGUGUGUCAUGGAAUCUUAUCCUCCACCUCCACCUCCAUCUCCAGUCCUCCUCGCGGCACACCUUUGAGCUCCCACACGAGCAUGACAAUCAGAGCAAGGACAUCGGGUGGUGGAAUACGAUGUUAGCGGCGGCUGGGGAGCAAGAUGCCCGAAAGGCCAAGGAGGUGUUUGAUGCGAUGCAGCAGCGGAAUCUCGUAUCGUGGAACGCGCUGCUGUCGGCAUACUCCAUCAAAGGGAAAGAGCACCUGGAGAGUGCCAAGCGCACGUUUGACGAGAUGCCCGAGAGGGACGUGACGUCUUGGAAUUGCCUGCUGUGCUCGUAUGCCCACACCGGGUACCUGGAGGAGGCAAAGCUGAUCCACGCCAGCAUCCCGUAUAGUGACGUCGUCGCCGACACAGCUAUGCUUACUGCUUAUGCGCACAACGGGCAGCUUGAAGAUGCCAAGUGUUGCUUUGACGCUAUGCCGCAGCGGGACGUUGUGUCCUGGAAUGCUAUGCUCACCGGGUUGGCCGCCUGCGGGCGUCUCGUAGAGCUACGCAAGCUCUUCGCCACCAUGCCGGAGCGGAGCACAGUGUCGUGGAGUGCAGUACUGGCGGCUCACGCGGAUUGCGGCGACUUCACGUCGGUGGUGGCGAUCUUCGAGGAGAUGAAAGCUAGCGAGGUUCCGGACGAGGCUUGCUUCGUGUCGGCGCUGGCAGCUCUCAGCCACACUGGCGACUUGCGAGAUUGCCGCAGCUGCCUGGUAUCGAUGCCUACAGACUAUGGAGUGCGCCCGGUGAAGCAGCACUUCAGCUGCGUGCUGGACGUGCUUGGGAGAGCGGGGCAUUUGGAUGCUGCCAGAGAACUGCUUGCAAGCAUGCCCUUCGCACCCGAUGUUCUCGACUGGAAGUGCCUGCUCGCGGCGUGUAGGAACCACAAGAACACCAGGCAGGGAGCCAUUGCCGCCACAAAUGUUCUUGGCAUGGAUCCUAACGAGGGAGCGGCCUAUGUGCUACUCUCAGACGCACACACACGAUGAUCACACGAUGAGAUACCUUAAUCUUUGGCUUGUAUUAUAAGAACAGGUGCGAAUUCAACGAGAAGGCACUGCUUCAGCAGUCGAUAAGAAUGGUGGGAUCACAGCAGCAUUCAUCCAACAGGCAACAGCAGCACAGUGCUGCGAGACUGCAAAUCACAAUGUAAGCGAUCUGUAGACUACUGGAAAGAGAUUUACCAUCCUUGGAGGAA